UCAGGAAACCCAGCCAGCCGGUUUACUCCGGCAGUUGGAUAUUCAGCCAGUUACCUGACCCGGGAAUGGACUCAGCACUGGUGGUGGGACUCGCCUUCCGUGUGGGCUGCAGUACCAGAGCUGACCAGCGGGUGCUCUCAGCAAUGGACUCAGCACUGGUGGUGGGACUCACCUGCCGUGUGGGCUGCAGUACCAGAGCUGACCAGCGGGUGCUCUUAGCAGCCAGAAGCUCACAAUCAGCCAAACCUGGGGCUGAUUACAGAAAGGUGUAUAUAAGGCAUGACCAGGCCUGUGCUCUGGGCCUUGGUGUAUGGUUUCCCAUGAGCCUCUGUACCCUGUGUUCCUGCUUCGUUGCUGACCCGGGC